AUGUCUUCUGAACUGUUUGAUAAGCCUCUGAUCAUUUUAGAAGACGAUACGGAGUUGGAGCUAGCUGAAGGUUGUGCAAAGGCGCAAAACAUUAUGGAAUUUUUGGUCUACUUUACCCGAAAUGAUCUAUCACCAAGUGACGCAUAUCCGAUUAGUACACCUUUGCAUUGGCGAGGUAGAAUAAACAAGCUAGAUGUUAAUAAUCAGGAAGCUAGCGGUCACACUAACUAUACUUUGCAAGGCCAAUCGUGUUACCAGGCACUUGAGGAACUGUUGGGGAAGUACCUGAAAAACUACAAUCAUGGAAAGGCGGUUGUUUUUUUCAACGACAAGAGUAGACUGAGGGCAGAUACUCUGAAGUUUCAGAACUGUUUGGUUAUUGAUGGGGACAUGGACACUGCAAAAAGCGGGAGGUGA